UUAUAUAAAAUAAUUUAUGUUGUGAAUCACGUGUCGAGGGUGUGAACACACCUCUGGUGACGUCACCGACGGGAUUGAGUAAGAGCGCGAGUGCGCGAGCGAGUGCGAGGCACGCGCAGAUGUUCACCUGUAUCAGAGCUCAUGUUAUUUGAUGGAAGAAAAGUCCAGUCCUGAUAACUUUCACUUGUAAACGUAUUUUGGUGAUCAAUGGCAGACCACAGACAUCUCAGUCCGACAGCGAUGGGCAUUCUGGAGAAACCAGCAAUCAAACCCACACACUCGUACGAUAGUUCGGGAUCUUCACGACACUCACGACAGAAUUCCAGGGAUUGGGAAGUUAUAUUAGAUUCCGAACCCACACCCGUGGCAGGCGGAAACAAUGGCAUUCCUGGCAUUUGUGAAGGAUAUCUCAUGAAGAAACGCAAGUAUCCUCUUCAGGGUUGGCAUAAGAGGUUUUUUGUAUUGGAUAAAGGGAUUCUGAGGUAUUCAAAAACUCAGCAGGAUAUCGCUCGAGGCAAGAUUCACGGCGCUCUGGACGUCAGCGUUGCAGUCAUGUCUGUGAACAAGAAUUCAAAACGCAUCGAUCUGGAUGCAGGUGACAGCAUUUAUCACGUGAAGGCAAAAAGUGACGAUAUCUUCUACAUCUGGCUGACCAAACUGACAGCCCAUCGGCUCUUCAGGAAGAGCGAGGCUGUGAAUCUACACCAGGGCGUCCUACAUGCGCUCUCCACUGGAAACAGCAACACAUUACCGGCCGUGGCCAGUCUCGCACAGAGAAACAGAGUCAUGGUUCCACAUUAUCAGAGCUCUGUGUCAUUGUUUGGGUCAGAGAUUCAAGGUUCACCUUCCGUUUCUUCAUCUCGGACGAAAAGCAAGGUUUCUGAUUGGCUCGAGCAGGCGCAGGAUGAAGACAUGUGUCAGCAAGAACUUGUCAGGUGCCAGCAGGAUUUGGCGGAGCUGUCGAGUUUAAUCCAGAAACUUCACUGGCAUGCAGGCGGUCUUCCCAUCACAAACACUGACCUGGAACAUCGCAUUAGUAUGCAGAAUCUCAGUCUUGAGAAACCCAAAAGGAAGUCCGGAAAGAUCUGGGGACAUUCACGCACGCUGUCACGGGUUGAAUCUCUUGGAGUUCAAUUUUCCUCGAGUCACUUGAGCACAUCAUCUGGUUUGGCCGCUUCCCUUCAGUCCAUCCCGGAUUACCUUUAUUCCCAGCUGUCCACGCCUGAGGUCUCGCCGGAGGGCAAGAAAUUGCAGCUGGAUAUCUGUGCCAUGUGUGAAAAAGUACACGCGUCUCUGAAGUCCGUCCAUGAAUCUUUGGCUCUGGAGCGUGAACGUGUCAGACAGGCCUGGGCCGGACCGGACCUUCACCAGUCCACUUCACAUCAACUAGCCACAUUGUGCACGACCCUCUCUGAGCUGGAGCUGCAGUCACGUCUAACUCGAGUUCACUCCGUGUCGCUCUCGUCCGACUCCUCGGAUGAGUCUUACUGUACCGUACGUCAGGAUGAGACCACCCCCUUUGACGAGCGACAGUUAAAGCGAUCGGUCUCUGUGACUGAAUCUGUGGCUGAGUAUUUCGAUGCCAGUGAAGUCAUUCGUGAGAGUUUGUCUGAAAACGAGGCGUCUGAUGAAUCGGGCUUGAGCGACGUCACCACAAGCAACUCCGAACCGGAGGACGGCCAGGCCUCUGUGACGAUGAAAUACAGAGCGAGUGUGUCUAAUGCUCCAGAUAUGCCGUCCACCGUUCAGAAAGACUCGAGGAGACGUACAGUUCUUCCUGCACACAGCACUGAUAACAGUCACAUAGGAAUCCUCACCAUCCUGUAUAACAACAUUGGCAAAGAUCUGUCACGCGUGUCCAUGCCGGUGGCUCUAAAUGAACCGCUCAAUUUUCUGCAGCGAGUGAGUGAAGAGCUGGAAUAUUCUCAUCUGCUGGAUACUGCCAACCAUACAGACGACCCUUUCCAGAGGAUGGUUUAUGUGGCAGCAUUCUCCAUAUCAGGCUACGCAUGGGCCAGCUGGCGUAAUCGCUACAAACCCUUCAACCCUGUCCUAGGGGAAACGUACGAGAACAUACGAGAGGAUCGCCGUUUCCGCUAUGUAGCAGAGCAGGUCAGUCAUCAUCCGCCUCUGUCCGCCUGUCACGCCGAGUCUGAGAACUUCAGCUUCUGGCAGGACCAGAGAUGGAAGAAUAAAUUCUGGGGGAAGUCUGUGGAGAUCGUUUCCUCGGGAUUGGUCAAUGUUACGCUACCCAAUUACGGGGAUCAUUACGAGUGGAAUAAAGUUGUCACGUGCAUUCACAACGUCUUCAGUCAACAGAGAUGGCUUGAACACUACGGUGAUGUUGUCAUUAAGAACCUCAACAGUGAUGAGUGCACCUGCAAGAUCUCCUUUGUUAAAUCACGUUACUGGGGUGAGGGUAACAGUAAGAAUGAGGUGCAUGGUAGCGUUCUUGAUCGCAAAGGUAAAGUCGUCCAUCGCUUCGGUGGAUCCUGGCAUGAAGGCAUUUUCUGUGACACGCUUCCUAACCCACAAUGCAUCUGGAAGCCCAAUGCUCAGCCGGAGGAUUACUUCGACUACUUUGGCUUCUCUCAAUACGCCAGAGAACUGAAUGAACUGACCGAUGAUAUCAAAGACAAACUGCCACCGACAGACUCGCGUUUCCGGCCAGAUCAAAGACUUCUUGAAGAAGGUAAAGUGGAUGAGGCUGAUAAGAGAAAGGAUGAAAUCGAGGAGAAACAACGAAGCAGACGAAAGGAGCUGGAAAAGAGAGGAGAGGAACACAUCCCGCGCUUCUUUAGGCGAACGCAGGAUCAUGCUGGGAGAGAGGUGUGGGUCACUAAUGAUACUUACUGGAAGGUUCGAGAAAAUCCUGGUUUCGCCAACAUGGACAAUCUGGAUUUGUGGUCACAGAAUUGAUGAUGUCGUUGUAUCGUGUUAUCAGAAACUGUAACAAUAAUGACAUUGCCGUGUCAAUCUUUAAGUGUAUAUAGAUGUAUUUUAUGUACUGGUGCGAAUUUUAGUCAAAGCCAAAGACCUUCACUGGUGAGGAUGUUGCACAUAAACAAACACAAAGAGACACAGUUUGAGCUUUAUAUCCAGACAGUGAUUGAGAGGUUUUACGGAUUUGAAUAUUUAAUUGUAUUAAUAUGCACAACACUUAACACUUAAUGAGAUGUAGAGACUAGAAAUCUCAAACACAUUGUUCUGAAUAGUUUCUCUUUAAUUUUUAAACUGUAUUUUUUAUUGAAUUAUGAAGUGAGCAGGAUUGAUGUAUAAAAUUUAAUUUUAUAUUUUGGAUAUUAAUCAGGUUAUAAGCUUAGACUGACUACUGUCAUGAAUAGAAAAUUUUUAAAUUUCGUGUGUAAAUAUUGUACUCCUGUUUACCGAUCUGCCUUUUAACGGCUGGAUUUAAUACCUCUAAAGGAAGAUUUUGAUGUAUAAAAUACAUUUUACUUUAAUACGUUAGUACUGCUUUAGAAGUGUAGCGGAAAUAAUGACAAUGUUUUCUUGGAUGUUUCAGCUAAACUUCCUGACAAAAGAGUUUUAGGUUUUUGUGACGAGUGUAGUCGGGCAAUGUGCAAUUUCUUGUGUACAUGCAUUUCUGAUCAGAUGAGAAUAAAUAUUAAAUUUGAUGAAA